AAAUCCACUCACGACCACAUAGGCAUUAACUACUGUUACAGCCACAGCAACACUACAACGAAGAGUUAACAACAACGGAUACACUCAAGAAGCUUUCCCCCCGUCUAAGCUACUUAACUCGGGGCUUCGAAGACUACUUUCAGCACUUCUUCACAGCCGAAACUUGUGUUCCCUCGCCGGUCAAGCUAUAUGUAUUUGGAUUUAACGUUUCUUUCCCGUCGCCCUACUAUGGUCAUAAUGGAGGUGCCCACCAUCGACUGUGCGUCUCUCCGUGCUUUGUUGGAGGGCGACGCUCCGGGCUGCUUGGUGCUGGACUGCCGCUCAUUCCUGUCCUUUAACGCGUCCCACAUCGCGGCCUCCACCAACGUUCGCUUUAGCACCAUCGUGCGGAGAAGAGCGAGGGGCGGCCUGGGACUCGAACACAUUGUCCCCAACGAGGACACCAGGAGCCGGCUCCUUUCUAGGGAGUACCAGUCCGUGGUGCUUCUGGACGACCACAGUUGUGACUUAAGCCAGGCCAAGAAAGACGGAACUUUGAUGCUGGCUGUGGCAGCGCUAUACCGGGACCCCUGCGGAGCAAGUGUCUUCAUCCUAAAAGGUGGAUUUGACACAUUUUCCACAGAGUACCCAGACAUGUGCACCAAACCGUCUCCCUCACAGGGGCUCAGUUUGCCCCUGAGCUCCAGCCACCCAGACAGUGCAGACCCAAGCUGCAGCCCAUGUAACACACCACUCUAUGACCAGGGUGGUCCUGUAGAAAUCCUUCCCUUCCUAUACCUCGGUAGUGCCUACCACGCGUCCCGAAAAGACAUGCUGGACAUGCUGGGGAUCACGGCUCUUAUCAACGUCUCUGCUAACUGCCCCAACCACUUUGAAGACUCCUUUCUGUACAAGAGCAUCCCUGUGGAGGACAACCACAAAGCAGAUAUCAGCUCCUGGUUCAACGAGGCAAUCGAAUUCAUCGAUUCCAUCAGGAAUAAAGGGGGUCGAGUGUUUGUACACUGUCAAGCAGGCAUCUCCCGCUCGGCCACCAUCUGUCUCGCCUACCUCAUGCGCACCAACCGCGUCAAGCUGGACGAGGCCUUUGAGUUCGUAAAGCAACGCCGCAGCAUCAUCUCCCCCAACUUCAGCUUCAUGGGUCAGCUCCUCCAGUUUGAGUCCCAAGUCCUCGCCACGUCGUCCUGCUCGUCCGAAGCAGGAAGUCCAGCCAUCGGCAACAGCAGCACCGUCUUUAACUUCCCGGUGUCCAUCCCGGUGCACUCAUCGGCCAAUCAGCUCUCGUUCCUCCACAGUCCCAUCACUACCUCUCCUAGCUGCUGAUGAAUGGACCGCAGGAACUAUUUUUGGACUGAAACUACAACAGUGGUGCUGGUACCACUGUACAAAAUUUCAAUUUGACUGUGAUUGUGUUCUAACAUCAUUUCAAGGGGAGACAUGGCAGCUACCACCAAGCAGCAUAUUGAUGUAUAACUGCUAGUCGAGGCUAUUGGAUGUAUCUGAAUAUAUUGUUUUCUCUUUCAUGAAGGCAUCUGCUUUUGAUAAUCACAAUCAUUUUUAAAAAGUGAGGGCUAACAGUAGUCUCAGGUAUGUCGACCUCCCAAAUGUCCUUUUUGCUUCCUAGUGAAGGGAUCCAAUAUUAACCCAUCGCUGACUAGUUACUCUUUCAUUUGAAGAACAAUGAAUGUAUCCCCCCGUUUGUUGUUAAUGUGGGAGAAAAGGCCGAUUUGAAUGCAAAUGUCUGCCUUUGCUAGAUAUGACGAUCCUGACUCAAUGGGGAAAGUGACCAUUAAUACCUCAUGUUUCUGUACUGUGUACUGCAAGCUCUGUGACGGGCACGUAGUCAGCAUUGACUGCUAUAUGACAUAUUUAUUAAACUAAAGUAAUAUAUUUCUGUAGCAUAUCUAUUUUUGCAUCUGUUCAUGUAAAUGUUUUUUAUACCAUUUGAAUAAAUCUGCUUUGACUUUGUACAUUCAA